CGGAAGAGCUGUAGUUCCUAUGUAAAAUAUUCUCCUAAAAGCGUUUACCAGGAUGCUGACUUUGUUCUUUCCAGGUGGGACAGCUCCGAUCCAGAACGCGCACCUCCUCCACUACCUAUGAACCCCUCCUCACCUGCUGCUACUUCGCGACCAAACACUUCGACCGCAAUCCAAUCUGCACACCUUGCCCUUACUGAGAAGGCCAGGGAAAGCGGCUAUGUGACGAACUCUCCAGUAAAAAGAAUAGACACAUCUCCUGAGCGGUCUCUAAUCAAGGGAGCCGCUCACAAGCGCAUGCAGUCGUUGCAAACAGGCAACGUGAGGGAUCUAAGCAGUUUAUUGGAGGGCGGUUCAACAUUUAAUACACCGCGAUCACCAGAGAAGAGUGCUGGACGUCCAGCAACUCCACACACAAAUAAGGAUUUUGUUCUGGAGCCAAGAUCUCCGGAAAAGUCCCCAGACAAAUCACCCGAGAAAGAAUCAAGUAGAUCAGCCACACCAACUCCCGGGCGAGAAACCCCGAAUAGAGAACUCACGGUUCGACCGUCUUUAAGAAGACCACCACAAAGUAUUCUCGGGGAAAACACUCCCCCACAAUCGGCUACCAUGCUUGCUCUACAAAAUAUGGCAACCAGAGAGGUAGGGACCCCUCUAUCAAAUAUUACGAAUGGCUCAACCGCGCUGGUUCGCACGCCACAAACCUUCGACGCAAUCUCGAACCAGAUCCUGAGCCUCACCAGCAUUUGUACAAGUCUGCAAAGAGAAAUGGCCCAGCUUAGCAGAAGAAGUAAGGAUAACGCUACCGAUCUCGUGAGUCUGAAGGAGGCAACAAACGCUCGUGACGAGGAUAUCCGGAAGAGCCUCCGCGAGCUCGUCAUCAACUUGUCAGAGUCUAGUUCUCGGGCUUCCAGUACCAUAUAUCCGCCUACUGCUCUUUACCUCGACAACAAAGCUCAUAACUCGCCCGGCUCGAGGGCAGUAAAGCCGUUCUCCCUACCUCGUAUACCAAGUCCAACUAGCUUUGCCGCAUCUUUAGACAGGGAGUCAACCACCAGCGCAUCUACUUAUAACCACGAUGGAGUGGCAAGUAUUGCACUGCUGGAAAAGAUACUUCGUGAGAUGGGUACCAAAGAAGGACAGGAGCUUUUGGUUUCUCGCUUGACAGAGGUCGCCGACAUUCUGGCCCGUGACGGAAGUGCUUCGGCCCAAAAGCUAGAUACAGUGUUGGACCUCAUCAGCAGAAACUCAUCUCAUCAACUUGUUGCACCGUAUGGUGGUGGCUCUGGAGUUAACAAAGCUCGCGGUUUCAGCUUUGAUGAGUCCCCUAGACUUGAGUUGGACUUUGAGAAUUCUAAGUCUGGCCCAGUGACACAGCGAGUUGGCGCACUCAUGGGCUCGACAGGGAAUAAAGAGAAUAUAGGUGCGCCAACAUCAGCUCGUGCCUCGGAGAUCCUCAAUGACGAUAUCAUGAAGAUUAUCCGAACAAUCAAGGACAGUGUUGCUCAGGGAGGGGGACUCACCGCUGAAGUGAAAGCGCUUGUGCGCGAGCUUCGAGGGGAAGUGCUCGGCAUGGGUCGCGAAAUUGGGCGAAAGCUAGACCAGGAAAGCAGCAAGAAUGCCUCCACCACAGACGCAGCAUCAGAGCGCGAGCAGAUCGCUCGUGUCGUUCAAGAUGGAUUGGAAGAGCUGAAAGUUCACAUGGAUGAGAUACUCCGAGAACAUCGUCGCCAGUCUGCAUCUUCUGUGGCCUCACGAAAUCCUGUCGACUAUCAAGAAAUAUACAACGCUGUCCGCAGUGCAGUCAACGAGAAGUCGCAGCAUCAACGCCACCCGGAGCUUCAAAAGCCAGACAUUAUUGAAGCUGUCAAGGAAGCAUGGGAAAACUACAAGCCUGAGAUCGAGCUCCAACAGUUUGGUUUGGAACGCGAGGAGCUCUUGACUGUUCUCAAGGAGGGUAUCCAGGAAUAUGCUCCAAAGGACAACGCACGCGAUUUCGAAGGAGCAACUCGCGAAGAGGUCUUCACUGCAGUUGUUGAAGGAAUGAAACACUUUUCUCCCCCUCGAGUCGAUACUGAGGCUAGCCUUUCACGGGAAGAAAUUUUAGAUGCUGUUAGGGAGUGCCUGGAGGAAUUUGAAUUUCCCUCAGCGCCUGCUCCAGAACCUAUUGAGACUGGCAUUACAAGAGAUGAUAUGCUGGAAGCUGUCAAACAAGGUCUACACUCAUUCGAAUUUCCAACCAACGCCAUGACUUUGAAUAGAGAUGUUAAUGACGGACUAACCCGAGAUGAUAUUCUCGACGCAGUGCGAGAAGUCCUCAAUGCAUUCAACUUCCCGGUCCAGACUUUUGACACGAACCGAGGGCAUGACGAAGGGUUGACUCGCGAGGACAUGCUAGAUGCUGUGAGGGAAGGUCUCCACACCUUCGACUUCCCCAUGAAUGGAGAAAAAAUCAGCAGAGAAAACGGAGAGAGCUUGACGAAGGAUGAUCUCCAGAACGCCCUGAAGGAAUGUCUUCAUAAUUUCGAUCUUGGCGGAAGUUCAUCUGCUCUGACUCGAGACUUUGGUCCAGGACUGACAAGGGACGACGUGUUCGAUGCAGUCAAAGCAGGCUUGGGAGAGACUCCUCAGGUGGAGCUGGCGGACCAAAUCGUGGAUCAGCUAAAUGAGAUCUUGGAAUCUAUGAGAACGGAAUUCAAAGCUGUCUCAGAUGAAGCAAAGCAGAAUGUUGCAGCUCAUGGAAGAGACACAGAACAACUCCUGGAUGCCACAAAGGAUGGCUUUGAAAAGCUCCGAAGCGACAUCGAGACCUAUGUCGAUCGAGCGGCAGACAUCAAUGAGAAGGAUGAGCUAUUGGACAGAAUGCGAACUAGCUUCGACUCUCUUCGAAUGGAAGUGGAAGCUCUUUCCUCACAAGGGCCGGGGGAUUCUCUCCGUGUGGUCCAAAGUGAGUUGGAGAAUCUGCGCGAGACGAUGUCUACGUCUUUGGUCCGUGGUAGCACGGGCGCUGAUAAGGAUGAGAUUCUUGAUGCUCUGAAGGCAGGCCUCGAUGGCUUGCGCGCUGAUAUUGAGCGCCCGAAAGAUAGCGGUGAGAGCAUUCUCUCUGGGACGGGCGAGAUUCUGGAUGCUCUUCAUGAUGGUUUGGCCGGCCUGAGGGGCGACGUCGAAAAGAUUGCAAAUGAUCUCAACAAGCCAGUAGAUAUGACAGUCAACUAUGAGAUUUUGGAUACCCUGAAACUCGGACUUGAAGGUGUUCGCGCCGAUAUCGAUCGGCUGAGAGAGAGUGGGCAUGGAGAGCAUGCUGUUGCGGAGAUCAACAGCGGCGCUGUGAUAACUGCGGAGAGCUUGAAGAGGAACGACAUUGAGAACCUCGAAGUUCUGAUCACCCAGCUCCGUAUCAAGGUCGAAGCGCUCGAAUCUAUGCCACCUCCCCCAACUCAGCCAGUAUCAGGAAAUUUGUCCAAGGAGGAUCUCCAGACCGUCGAAGAGAUGCUACGGAAUGUGCAGGAAUCAGUCGCUGGGCUGUCUUCACGGGAAAGAUCCAUCGACAAAGAUAGUGUGAAGAAGGAAGACGUGGAAGCCAUUGAAACCCUCCUGCGGAACACCAAGGCGGUAAUUGAUGAUAUGGAUCCUGAACAGGCUGCUAAGAAGGACCAUAUCGAUGCUGUCGAGUUAUUGGCCACUGAGACUCGGGAUGGCGUUCAUGAACUAGCCACACAUUUAGAAGAUGUCACAAAGCGAGACGAUAUCAACAUUAUAGAGGGUCUCGUUCGCGACGUUCUGGGAGGCCUAGAGGAGAUGAAAGAUAGGGCAGCGAAGGAAUCCGAGGAUGUCGAAAAGGUUACCAAGACUGAUGUGGAAGCUGUUGAGGCCGUGUGCCUCGACGUUAAGACAGCGAUCGAGCAGAUCGUGGCGUCUGAUAUUGCUGCGUUGGCCUCAAAAACAGACCUGAAGAAUCUUGAAGAGUUGGUCAAGGAGUUCAAGGGCCGCAUCGAGCUUCACGAAGGAAAUAAUGCCAAAGCGUUCGAAGAAAGACAAGCCGAGACCGUCGGAGUUGGUGAGAGAGUAUCUGAAGUCAAGACAUUCUUGGAGGAGUUCAAGGAUGCUCUAAAGGAGAAGUUGGAUGAAAGUGCGUCAAACGUUGAGGCUCUUGGUAAAUUGCUCGAGAGUCUGGGAGAAGCUAUCGGCCAGAAUGAGAUCUUUCAAGAAAUGUUCGAGACGAUGAAGUCGGAAUUUGAGAAAUCCAAUGCGGGAGUAGUCGGCUCAAAACUCGAGUCUGAUGAGAAGUUUCAACAAACAUGGGACAAAUUCGACUUGAAACUUGAUGAGAAGUUCAACGAGCUCAUGACUAAGUACGACGAUGCUCAACUUGCGGCAGAAGCCCAGGCAAAGCUGGGGGAUGAUAGGAAUGCAACCAGUGAGGCAGCAGUGCUGAGUACGAAAGUAGUGGCCGAGGAGCUCAAGUUGUUGAUCGACACUCUUGGCCCAACCCUAACUGAAUCAGUUGAAAAGAUGGACGAGGCAUCGAAGACAGUAUUCAACAGGGUGGAAGACACUUUCACACGGGUUGAGGAAACACACGCUGAUGCGAAGGCUGAACACCAACUCACCCGAGAGCAGGUCUACAAGACUCUCAGCGCCAUUGAUGGUAUUCAGGUCCAAGCAGGCGAGUAUCAUCCCAAGAUACUCGACUCCAUCAAAGACGUUCUCCUCAUUGUGGGCCAACACUACGAGCACUCCAAGACCGCCACUGUCACUAUCCAAGAAAAGAUUGCUGAACGACCUGCACCCCCGGAAACGCCACUUCUGCCCGAAGUACCACCCCAGGAGAAGUACGAUGAUACGCCUGUCCAUGAAAAACUCGACAAAUUGGUUGAUCAUAUGCAUGUCGCUGGGAAAUCUUUUGCUCAGUUGGACACGCUUGACAGGAUCCACAAACAAGUGAUGGAUACAGCCGCCGAGGUAUCCGCCUUCGUCUCAGCUCAGACUCAGCGUAUCUCUGACGAUCACGAGGAUAAAGAGAAAGCCGUGGAAGCUGCGACUAUCGCUUUGGAGAAGCGUCUGGCACAGAAGGAACAUGUUGAAGCAACGGUCGUGGGUCUCCGCGAAGAAGAAGAGCGGUUGAAGGAAUCCGUCGCAAUAUUAAAAGCUGAACAGGAUGAUUUGGCUCACCGAAAAAUGCGCCUAUCCGCCGAUGUCUCAAGUAUGGAAACCGCUUUGAGAAUCCGACGAGAGGAGCUUCACGCUAUGGAGGCUCGAGCUGAGGGUCUUGAGCGGCGUAUCCUAGAGGGUGUUAUUGAUCAUUCUCGGGCUCUCCUCAUUUCCAAGUCCAACAAAGGACGUGAUGCGAUGAGUCGCAAGCGAGUUCCAAGUCACGCUACUUCGACCACAGGCUCCAUCGUUUCCAACGCUACCUCGAGGGCUUCGCAAAGCACCCAAAGCGCUGUCAGUAUGGCCAUGAGUGGUAAUCGUGCCAUGGUCAGUGUCCCAAUCAGUAAUCCAGCCGGUGCAUCGCGACGUAUCUUAUCUCUCAACCAAAUCACGCACAACGUCCCCACUGGUGGAUUCAAGCGCAGCCACAGUGUCAAGACACCAGGAGGCUCAGGAGCGUUAAGGAAGUCCAGCUGGGGUGGAUCACUCAGCCAGAAAUACGGAGAUCUCAAUAAGGAGAAUUUGAUGCUGAAGGAGAGUGAGGAGGAUGAUGAGCAGAUGAGUGAGGGAGAUGUCAGUGACAGUGGAACCAUGCGCAGAAGCAGCAGAGGCACUACCGUCAUCACGACAACCACAGGAACCGGAAUGAGUGAGAGUAUUGACGAAGGAACAGAAUGGACCGGAAGCAUGGAUGGAGACGAAUACUCAGAGGAAGGCGAGCCUACGGAAUCGGGAGUUGUGCUUUACGAAGACGUAGGACAGGUUGCUUGAGGUGAUUCUCGUUUUCGAUUAUUGUUAGUAGAUUGAGGAGGUUCCUUUUGAGUUCUUGUAUCUAAUUUCGCCGUGGGAUAUCUUUUUUUGGAGAAAAAGUGGCUUUUGUGGAUGAGGAACGGGGGAGAGGGAGGAAACACUUCGUGAACUGGGCGUCCUGGCUUUUUAUUAUGAUGACUUGAUGAACAGCGUUUUAGCGACAGCAAUUGACUUAGAGGAGGACUUUUGUUUACACUUAUUUAUGGUCUCUGUUGAAG